AUGGACGCUAGUUUCCAAUCCGCUAUCGACGCCGGCAAGAUCAACGGCGCUGUAAUCUGUGCCACUGAUGCCGAAGGUCACUUCGUGUACAACAAGGCAUCGGGAGAGCGCACUCUACUCUCAGGCGAGAAGAAGCCACAGCAGCUCGACGACGUGCUGUACACAGCCUCGGCCACCAAAUUGUUUACAACCAUCGCCGCCCUACAGUGCGUCGAAGAUGGCCUCCUAACUCUAGACGGCGACCUGUCGUCCAUCGCCCCAGAGCUCGCUGCUAAGCAUGUUCUCACCGGGUUUGCCGACGACGGAAGCCCUCAGCUCGACCCACCAGCCCGCCCUAUCACCCUCAAAAUGCUACUCACGCACACCUCCGGCACCACCUACUUCUUCCUGAACCCGAUGAUCGCCAAGUGGCGCGCGCAGUUCGGCAAUCCCGAGAACGGUGACCCUCGUCCCGUCGAGGACUUGUUCAACUACCCGCUCAGCUUCCAGCCCGGUACCGGCUGGAUGUACGGGCCCGGUCUCGACUGGGCUGGUCGCAUAGUGGAGCGCGUCACUGGCGGCACGUUGUUGGAAUAUCUGCAGAAGCGUACCUUUGACCCGCUCGGUAUUACAGAUGCUCAGUUCUAUCCUGUUACCCGCGAGGAUCUGCGAGCACGUCUCGUCGAUCUUAACCCCAGUGACCCCGGUGCUCUUGGUAGUGCUGUGCUCGGUGGUGGCGGCGAUAUGAACUUGCGAGGCCGUGGUGACUUUGGUGGUCAUGGGUUAUUCUUGACCGGAUUGGAUUUUGUGAAGGUUCUGCGCUCGCUGUUGGCUAAUGAUGGCAAGUUGCUCAAUGCUGCUACCGUCGACAAUAUGUUCCAGCAACAUCUUGGCCCAGAAGCGGCGGCUAGCCACCAAGCUGCGCUUGCUGGUCCUAUUGGGCCCUCCUUCCGCGUUGGGACUGAUCUGGGUUCGAAGGUUGGGCAUGGGUUGGGCGGUUUGCUGACACUUGAGGAUGUUGAUGGUUGGUAUGGUGAGCGGACGUUAACUUGGGGUGGUGGCUUGAGCCUUGCUUGGUUUAUUGAUCGGAAGAACAACCUCUGUGGUGUCGGUGCCAUCCAGGCUGCGCUUCCGGUUGAUGGAGACUUGCUGGCCGAACUGAAGCAAACCUUCCGCCGUGAUAUUUACAACAAAUAUACCGCGUGGAAGGAUCAGCAGUAG